UGUCAAAAAAAAAGAAAAGAUGGCGACUAUAUCAGAUAUGUACGAUGUGGGUUGGGAAGAGAUGAGAGACAAGCUGCGUAAAUGGAGAGAAGAUAACUGCAGGAACAGUGAGCAAAUUGUGGACGUUGGCGAAGAGCUGAUCAGUGAACAUUUAUCUAAACUGGGGGAUGACGUAUGGAUUAUUUAUGAGCAGGUGAUGAUUGCUGCGCUGGACUGCAGUCGCGAUGACUUGGCUCUGACCUGUCUACAGGGACUGAGGAAGCAGUUUCCAGAUAGCCACAGAGUGAAGCGCCUGUCGGGCAUGAGGCUGGAAGCUUUGGAAAGGUACGACGAAGCCAACAAGCACUACGAAGCCAUUCUCCAAGACGACCCCACCAACACGGCAGCAAGGAAGCGCAAGAUCUCCAUACUCAAGGCCCAGGGGAAGAGCGCCGAAGCCAUCCGGGAGCUCAAUGAGUAUCUGGAGCAGUUUGUUGCGGAUCAAGAAGCGUGGCAUGAGUUGUCGGAGCUCUACAUCAACGAACACGACUACGGAAAAGCCGCGUUUUGUCUGGAGGAGCUGAUGAUGACCAACCCUCACAAUCACUUGUACUGUGAGCAGUACGCUGAGGUGAAGUACACUCAGGGGGGGCUGGAAAAUCUGGAGCUGUCCAGGAAGUAUUUUGCGCAGGCGCUGAGGCUGAACAACCGAAACAUGAGGGCAUUGUUUGGGCUGUACAUGUCCGCAAGUCACAUCGCCGCCAGUCCCAAAGGGAGUGCCAAGGUGAAGAAGGACAACAUGAAGUACGCUUCCUGGGCCGCCACGCAGAUAAACAGAGCCUACAAGCUGGCCGGCCGCGGCACCAAGGAGAGCAAGUGCUCCAUGAAGGCGGUGGAGGAGAUGCUGGAGUCCAUGCAGAUCACCAUGUCCUAGAUGCCCUCGUCUGGCUCCGCCCCCUCCCUCCUGUUCCCACACUGGGAGACACGGCAGCUCAAAUGUGACCGGAACCAGAUCUCUCAACUGAUUUUUUUUUUUUAAACAUUUUUUAUUGCCCUCGUUUCUUCCUUUUCAAGUUUGGAAUAGAUUGAACUCGACGCGGACAAUGGAAGACAUUUGUUGUUUCACUCGAGUGCAAAGCGUGCCCCGCCCAUCUGGAUCCAGCACACAACAGCAAAUUCCAAGUACUCCCGAUUUAAUUGAGUUAUUCUUAGUGUUAACCCAGCUGUAACUUUAGUUUUUCCCACGGAACCGGUUUAUUACGUCCAUCCUCAUCCCGUACUGAGCCAUCUCUAACCCCGUCACUAAUCAGCACAUCCACACGGAGGAAAGAAGAGCUGUACAGUAAGAGCUAUUUAUAACGACACUGUGGAGACCCCACCUGUCUGCACUGAGGUCCUUUUCUGUUUCUGUGUCUGUCAAUGAAACCGUGAUCUAAUAUGUGUUGCUUUGUUUAAUCUAUCAAAAUGUCUUAAUAAAAGUAGAACUGAUACCAAUAA